AUGAUUAUUACAACCAUACUGCAAGAUAGUUUAGAUUGCAAUGCCAAUAAUGAUGUGAAUCUUUGUAAAUUUAAAAUGAAUAAUAAUAUUAAUAAUAGUAAUAUUACAACUACAACUACAACUACUAAAACAACAACAACAUCAAACAACAAUUCUGUCGAUGAUAUAAAUAAUAUAACAAAACCUAUAGACAUUGAUAGCAUUGUCAGUAAUAAUAAUAGAAAUAUUAAUAAAAAUAGUAUUAGUAGUAGUUGUAAUAAUAACAGUAAUAAUAGCUCUUAUGAAGAUAAUAAUAUUUUAUCAUUGAAAUCAUUUGAAGAGAAUAUCAAUAAUAUGUAUUGCUCAACUUCACCACCUCAACCAUCACCAUCUGUAUCUUCUACUCCUUCAUCUUCAAUCAUCAACCAUGGUUGUUUAAACGAUGAAAAUAUCUAUAAUUCAUCAGAAAACAGCAAUAACAACAAUAAUAAUGUAUAUACUAGUUUUAGAAAUAAUAAUAAUAAUCAUGUAAAUAAUAAUAAUAACAAUAGCUAUAAGUAUUCUAUUGAUUGUUUAGAAAAUCAAUUGUUGAAUACUAAUGAUCAACAACAACAACAACAAAACGAAAAUGAACAACAAGAUUCUACUUUAGUUGUAAACAACAACAACAGCACUACCUCUCCCAUCAGCAACAACAACAACAACAACAUCACUACAUCACCAACUUCAUAUAUACCAAAGUUUGGUGGAAUGAUAAAGUUAAAUGUCGGUGGAGUCUUCUAUUCUACAUCGAUGACGACACUCUGUAGCGAUUCGAAUUCAAUGUUUUCACUGAUGUUCAGUGGUCGCUUUCCCAUUCAGAAGGAGGAGGACGGCUCCAUCUUUAUUGAUCGUGACGGCACCCAUUUCCACUACAUAUUGAACUGGCUGAGAAAUGGCUAUCUCCCGACGAUCCGCGACGAACAGAUCAAAGACAAUUUACAAAGAGUUCAAUUACAAAAUUCACAACUCCAAUACUCAACUGCGAUUUCAUGUAAUUUCUCAGAUGCAGAACUAUAUGAAUCGUCUCUUCAGAAUGCCGAUUUCCAGAAUUCACUGCUGAGUGGAGCCAACCUGCAAAGUGCCAACCUUCAAGAUAUAAACUUAAAUGGUUCUAAGCUUCAAGGUACAUCACUAUACAAGGCAGUUAAUGUACAAAGAGCAAAAGGUUUAAAGAGAUAA